AUGCCUCCUCAACUUUUGGUGACUGGAGCAGAGUAUGAGGCGAUGCUGACAGAGAUCAUGUCUAUGGGAUAUGAAAGGGAGAGAGUGGUAGCUGCACUACAGGCCAGUUUCAACAACCCCCACAGAGCUGUGGAGUAUCUUCUUACUGUGAGUGUCUCGUCUGCUCUGAUGGAUGAGAAGAGGGACUGGAGGCUCGCAUUGCACAGCUGGAGGAGGAGCUGGAAGAGGAGCAGGGUAACAUGGAGCUACUCAAUGAUCGCUUCAGGAAGUCCACCAUGCAGGUGGACCACCCUAUCCACAGAACUUAGCUCAGAGCGUAGCACGGCUCAGAAGAGUGAAAAUGCUCGGCAGCAACUGGAACGUCAAAACAAGGACUUGCGUGCUAAACUGGGCCGAGCUGGAGGGCGAGUGAAGAACAGGUUCAAGGUCUGCAUCACGGCUUUGGAGGCCAAGAUAGCACAGCUGGAGGAACAGCUGGAGCAGGAGGCAAAGGAGCGAGGGACAGCCAACAAGCUAGUGAGGAGGACAGAGAAGAAGCUGAAAGAAGUGUGCAUGCAAGUGGAGGAUGAGCGUCGCCAUGCUGACCAGUUCAAGGAACAAGUGGAAAAGGUUAACUCUCGCAUGAAGCAGCUGAAGCGUCAGUUGGAAGAGGCUGAGGAAGAGGCCACACGGGCCAAUGCCUCACGCAGGAAACUGCAACGAGAGCUGGAUGACGCCACUGAGGCCAGCGAGGACCUGAGCCGUGAGGUCAACACACUCAAGAACCGCCUCAGGCGGCCCAUCGGUUUUUCCUCCAGCCGCUCGGGUCGGCGCCAGCUGCAGGUCGAGGGCACUUCCUUGGACCUUCUGUCUGAUGAUGAGCUGGAAAACAAGAUCACUGACAACAACGCUAAUGAGACGCCGACACACCCAGUCCCUCCGAGCCUGACCCUCUGCACCGACCGAGUUUGA